AGCAAGCCCCUUUUUUUUUUCCAACGAAUGAAGAGCCUUGCGUCUUGUGGACGAAGCGUCGGGCUGCUCCGUAGAGUUACCGCGUGCCGCUGCUCAUGUCCGAGCAUGCCCGCUCUGCGCUGCUCCGGCUCGUCCGCAGCAGGACAGGCAGGAUCGGGGGGCAGCGCCCCUCGCGCGGACGGCUACGACCAGUUCCGACACCAGCAGCAGCAGUAUCACCGACGCUCCUUUCACGAAAAAGGAUCUGCAGCGCCGCGUGGAAACGCAGAAGGCGGUGCGCAACAGCAAGAUCAACAGACCCAGUCGCGUGCAUCGGCGUCUUCCUCUUCCUCCUCCUUCUCCUCGACAUCAGAGAGGGUGAAGGAUGAGCGCGUGUACGGACUCGGCUCUGCCACGGCGCAGCAACGCCGGCAGGUGCGUCAGCAGUGGGAGAAGUCGUUUCUAGGUCGCGUGCACUACGAUGAAGGGAUGCACAGCCGCUUCGCCGAAGCGCUCGCGUCAGAGGAAGAGGAGGCCUACGGGCAGUCGAUUGAGGGCGCCUCGCACGCCGAACUCUUCCCGCGCUGGCCCGAAGAUGAGGAGGCCCCGCUGGCGCAGUUUCGACGGCUGCGGCCCGCGCUGCAGCUGCGUUACAUCGUGAACCGCCUGAGCAUGGGCGAGCGCCGCAUCCGUUACGCUGCGGACUACGGCAGUCUUUCGAUGAUGCAUCAGCUCAACCUGGGUGAGCUGAUGGUGCAUGAGGCGGAGAAGCUGUUGGGGGAGCUGGGCUGGAUGAACGAGGAUGUGGCGGCGCAGAUUGAGGAGCUGAAGAUGCUGGCGGCGAAGAUCAAGUACGACUUUGACCUCGAUUAG